CGGUCGGUUCGUGAGGCCCACUCUUCGCGUGCAGGGACUCUCGCGUCCCCCGGGGAGCCGCCGCUCGUUCCAUUCCGGUCCCUUCCUCAGGGUUACCCGAGAGGAGGGAUCCCGUCUUCUCUGCAGUGUCCGCGGGGGCUAUGGAGCGCGCGGCAACUCCGCUCCUAGAUGCCUCCUCCGGCCCGGUUUUUGAAAGCAAAGCCGCGGGGGCCCCGAUAAACUGUGGCACGCGGGCAGGUGGUCCCGGCGCCAAGUCCCAGGAACCUCAUCCGGCGCUUGAGCUGUCUCUGAGCUCAAGGGGUGCGCUCCUGCCUGGCAGCCCCCACCCAGAGGAGCGGCGCGUCCUCGGGGUCCGCCCUGCACAUGCCUGCUCCGCGCUUGCGGCGGCUGGACAGCCCCGGGACUCUGUCUGGUGGAUGUGUGUAGCUGGAGCCAAGUUGAAGAGAGAACUUGAUGCCACCGCAACAGUAUUGGCGAACCGGCAAGAUGAGAGCGAGCAGUCCAGAAAACGGCUCAUUGAGCAGAGCCGAGAGUUCAAGAAGAACACUCCAGAGGAUUUGCGCAAGCAGGUAGCGCCGCUGCUGAAGAGCUUCCAGGGGGAGAUUGAUGCACUGAGUAAAAGAAGCAAAGAAGCUGAGGCAGCCUUCUUGAAUGUCUACAAGAGAUUGAUUGAUGUUCCAGACCCGGUGCCAGCCCUGGAUCUGGGGCAGCAACUGCAGCUCAAGGUGCAGCGCCUACACGACAUCGAGACGGAAAACCAGAAACUUAGGGAAACUCUUGAAGAAUACAACAAGGAAUUUGCCGAAGUGAAAAAUCAAGAGGUUACGAUAAAAGCACUUAAAGAGAAAAUCCGAGAAUAUGAACAGACUCUGAAGAGCCAAGCCGAGACAAUUGCUCUCGAGAAAGAACAAAAGUUGCAGAAUGAUUUUGCAGAGAAAGAGAGAAAGCUACAGGAGACACAGAUGUCAACCACCUCAAAGUUGGAAGAGGCCGAGCAUAAACUUCAGACUCUGCAAACAGCCCUGGAAAAAACUCGAACAGAAUUAUUUGACCUGAAAACCAAAUAUGAUGAAGAAACUACUGCAAAGGCCGACGAGAUUGAAAUGAUCAUGACUGACCUUGAAAGAGCAAACCAGAGGGCAGAGGUGGCACAGAGAGAGGCAGAGACCUUAAGGGAGCAGCUCUCAUCGGCCAACCACUCCCUCCAGCUGGCCUCACAGAUCCAGAAGGCUCCGGAUGUGGAGCAGGCCAUAGAGGUGCUGACCCGCUCCAGCCUAGAAGUUGAGUUGGCCACCAAGGAGCGGGAGAUUGCCCAGCUGGUGGAGGAUGUGCAGAGGCUCCAGGCCAACCUUACAAAGCUACGUGAGAACUCAGCCAGCCAGAUCUCCCAGCUCGAACAACAGCUGAGCGCCAAGAACAGCACGCUUAAACAACUGGAAGAAAAACUCAAAGGCCAGGCUGACUAUGAAGAAGUGAAGAAAGAGCUGAAUAUCCUGAAGUCCAUGGAGUUUGCACCAUCAGAAGGAGCUGGGACGCAGGAAGCAGCCAAGCCCCUGGAGGUGCUGCUACUGGAGAAGAACCGCUCACUGCAGUCCGAGAAUGCUGCACUGCGCAUCUCCAACAGCGACCUGAGCGGGCGCUGUGCGGAGCUGCAGGUCCAUGUCACCGAGGCCAUGGCCAUGACCGCUGAGCAGAGGGAGCUGAUCGCCCGCCUGGAGCAGGACCUCAGCACCAUCCAGUCCAUCCAGCGGCCAGACGCAGAGGGCGCCGCUGAGAAAAUCCCGGAGCCCAUCAAGGAGGCCACAGCCCUGUUCUACGGACCCGUGGCAGCAGCCAGUGGCUCCCUCCCUGAGGGCCAGGUCGAUUCACUGCUCUCCAUCAUCUCCAGCCAGCGGGAGCGCUUCCGUGCCCGGAACCAGGAGCUAGAGGCUGAGAGCCGCCUGGCCCAGCACACCAUCCAGGCCCUGCAGGGCGAACUGGACAGCCUGCGAGCAGACAACAUCAAGCUCUUUGAGAAGAUCAAGUUCCUGCAGAACUACCCCGGCCGGGGUGGCAGCAGUGACGACACCGAGCAACGAUACUCCUCCCAGUAUGAGGAGCGCCUGGAUCCCUUCUCCUCCUUCAGCAAGCGGGAACGUCAGAGGAAGUACCUGAGCCUGAGCCCAUGGGACAAGGCCACUCUCAGCAUGGGGCGUCUGGUUCUUUCCAACAAGAUGGCACGCACCAUCAGCUUCUUCUACACACUCUUCCUGCACUGCCUGGUGUUCCUGGUGCUCUACAAGCUGGCAUGGAGCGAGAGCGUGGAGAGGGACUGUGCUGCCACCUGCGCCAAGAAGUUCGCUGAUCACCUGCACAAGUUCCAUGAGAACGACAACGGGGCAGCAGCUGGUGACUUGUGGCAGUGACCCGGGGGCCUCCCGGCAACAGUUAUGGCUGCAUUCCCCACCCCUGCUUGAGCAAUUGCUUCUAAUGACCUGAGCUUUCCCAGAACCCCUCCCCUCAUAUGGAAACUGUCCUUGUCUUCAACCCAACAACUGCCAGAGGUUCUAGGUCCCUUGGAAGAGUGAGGCCACCAUAUCAGCCCCCAGGUCCAGAUAGCCCCCAGGCCCAGCCAGGCUGAGCCGUCACCCCCACCACAGGCUGAGGACCUGGCGAGGCUCCACCUACAGCCAGACCUCUAGCCCUGGUGGCAGAGAGCCCUGGCUGUGACACCAUCGGUCACCAUGGAUCCCAGCAGCAGCUGGGCUUUGGGUGCCCUCACUCCCCAAAAGCAGUAGGAGACACUUCCUUCCAGGCCAGCACACUUUGUGUCCAGCCCCUCCCUUCCCUCCUACCUGCCAUGGUCAUCAAUCCCACUCCAAGAACAUGGGUUAGGCAAGACCUAGUCUGCUCACCACCACCCCUGGGUUGCUCAUGGGACAGUUUCUAGCACCCUCCCAGUCCUCUGUCAUAUCAUUUCUGCUUUCUUCUUUAGCAAGGUAUUCUGGCUUCUAAAUGAGGAAGCAUCUCAAUCCCAGGACCCUCAGUCCCAAGGAUAGGCCCAAGAGCUCACCAGAACAGGCUGUGGGCCAUCCUGGUGUGGGUGCCUCUCUCGGGCUGGGCAGGUGUCCCUAACUUAGGUUUGCACUUGCACAUUUAGCUUUGCACACUUGGAAUAAAUAAACCACGGUUGCAGCCACACUGGCGUCCCGUGCUCUGUGAC